UUGUGGGGGUUUUGGGGGGUUUGGGGUUUCUGGGGGGGCACAGGGCUCCUCGGUCCCCCCCCGGCGGGGCAGUUGAGCCGUUAAAGGAAGAGGAAAUCCCGGCAGGAACAGGGACAGGGCCGGGAGGCCGGAGGAGCAGCCGGAGCAACAGGAGGUGCCCGGGACGGGCGGGGGACCGGGAGAGAACCGGGAGAGAACGGGAACCGGGAGAGAAUGGGGAGAACUGGGAGAGAACGGGAGGAACCGGGGAGAACGGCGGGAACCGGGGGAGAACCGGGAGAGAACGGGGACAGAACUGGAACUGGGAGAGAACGGGAACAUGGGGGACUGGGAGAGAACGAGGGAACCGCGGGAGAACUGGGGGUCCAGGAAAGAAUGGGGGAAACGGGAAAGAAUGGGAACCCCGGGGUUGGACUGGGACCUGCUGGGAGCCCGGGUGUGGAGCCAGGACAUCCUGGACCCCCAGAUGGAACCGGGACCUGCUGGGAGCACCAGUUUGGAACUGGGACGUGCUGGGAGCCCUGAGAGCCUCGGGCAGGACGAUCCCGGAAUGGAGGAGGAAAGGCCGGUAGGUGCCACCCGCUCUGCCCCCGGGGCUGAACGGGACGCGGCCACCGGCACGGCCACCGCAGCCCGGGCCCCGCGCGGGGAGGAGGAGGACGAGGAGGAGGAGGAGGAGGAGGAGGAGGAGGAGGAGGAGGAGGAGGAGGAGGAGGAGGAGGAGGAGGAAGAGGAGGACGAGGAGGAGGAAGAAGAGGAGGACGAGGACGAGGACGUGGCCAGCGACACCGAGGACAUCCCGCUGCUGGCAGGGGCGGCCCCGCCACAGCAGCGCCCCGCCAGCGAGGAUGAGGACGGCUGGGAGGCCACCGCCACUGUCCCCACUGUCGCCACUGCCAGCGGCCCGGACGGUAAGCGCCGCGCCCCGCGCCACCGCGUGUGCCACUGCCGCUCUGUCCCCGCCCUGACCGCGGCCGUGUCGCCGUCGCUGUCCCCAGCGCGCAGCCCGGACCUCUUCGAGCGGCUGCAGCACGCCGUGAGCUCCCUGGAGCGCGCCGCCUUCUCCCGCCACCGGCAGCCACCGGCGUGGCCGCCGCCCGCCCCGGCGUGGCACCGAGCGCUGCAGAGCCUGGAGGAGCUGAGCCGGAGCCCGGGCUGGGCGCGCCCGGGGCGGGCGGCGGGGCCGGGGCUCCCGGCGGAGGCGGCGGAGGCGGCGGCGAGGAACGCGAGCCUGCGGGCAGCCCUGGAGCAACGGGACCGGGAGCUGGGCCGGGCCACGGCGGCGCUGCGGGCGCUGCGGGGCGAGCGGGAGCGCCUGCAGGGCAAGGUGCGGGACCUGCGGGAGGCUCUGGCCAGGCUGGAGGAGCUGGAGGCGUCUGGGAGCGACACCCCCGGGGUCGGUGACACCUCCGGGGUCGGUGACACCCCCGGGACCGGUGACAGCCCCGGGACCGGUGACACCCCCGGGCCCAGCAGCCCCCCGGGGCACCGGCCCUCGACGGGCCCCAGCCAGGAGCAGGAGGAGCGGCUGCAGCAGCUGCAGGGGCUGCUGGCGCGGCUGCAGGAGGCGAACCGGGAGCUGGCGGCGGCGCUGGGCGAGUGCAAGGGCGAGGCGGAGCGGCUGAGCAUGGAGCUGGGCCGGAGAGAGUCCCGCUGCAGCGGGCUGCGGAUGGCGCUGCGCUGCAGCGAGCGCUGCGGGGAGGCCUACGCCGCCCUCCUGGACCGGGUGCGGGCAAAGGUGGCACCGGAGGGUGGCACCCGUGGGGGAACCGCAGCGGAACCGAGCCCGGGCCGCGCACCGGGACCCGGCCCCGCCACACCGGAACCGGGACCCAGCCCCGCCACACCGGAACCGGGACCCGGCCCCGCCACACCGGAGCCCGCGGAGCCGGACAGCCGUGAGGACCCCGCGGACAGCCCCGGGGCUCGCAGCUCCCGGGGGAUGGAGGAGGGAGCGCUGCGGGAGCUCAUCCGGCGGCUCCGCGCCGAGCAGGCGGCGGUGGAGGGGUCCCUGCUGGACGCCCCCGAGCCCUCGGAGCCCCCCCGGGAGCGGGACCCCCGAGGCCGGGCGGAGCGGGCGCUGCGGGAAGCGCGGGCGCUGCUGCCCGGCUGGAGGCGGCCCGAGAAGGAGGAGCUGCUGCAGGAGCUGGCCGUGCUCAAGGAGGCGCUGGCGGAGCUGCGGACGCGGCUGCAGCUGGCCCAGAAGGAGAAGCGAGCCCUGGAGCUGCUCCUGGCCGGGCACGGACCCCGCCAGGCCGCGCUGCGCCUCCUGCUGCAGCACCGGCAGCGGGAACGGCGGCGGGACCGGGACCGGGAGCGGGACGGAGCCUCCGACAGCUCCGGCAGCAGCUCCAGCAGCAACUCCGGCAGCAGCUCCGAGCAGGACGCGCGGAUGGGCCGGGGCGCGGCGAUGGCUCCGCAGAGCCCCCCGGACCCCGAGAGAACCAGGGAGGAGCUGCUCCGGAUCCGGGCCAGGGCGGAGCGGCUGCGGGGCCGGGCCCGGGAGCUGCUGCGGGCCCUGGAGCGGGGCAGCGCCGCCAGCCGCGCCCGGCAGCAGCGGAGCGCCGCCGCCACCGCCGGGCUCCUGCAGGCACACCGCUCGCUGGCCCUGGCGCUGCGCGGGGCGCGGCGGAGACAGGCGGAGCAGCUGCGGCGGCUGCGGGCGCGGGCGGCGGCGCUGCGGGGCCAGCACGGCCGCACGGAGCGAGCCCUGGCCCGGAGCCUGCGGGACCUGCAGCGCGGCGGCGAGACCUGCAUCUAGGGAGCGCCGGGAGCCCGCGGGGAGACCUGGAAAUCUGCGGGGAAAGCCGAACGUCUAUGGGGAAACCACAGAAAUCCACCGGGAAAUCUGAAAAUCUAUGGGGAAACCACAGAAAUCCACCGAGAAAUCUAAAAAUCUAUGGGGAAACCACAGAAAUCCAUGCAGAAACCCAGAAAUCCACAGGGAAACACAGAAUGCCACGGGGAAACCCGGAAAUCUGUGGGGAAAUCUGAAAAUCUAUGGGGAAACGUGUCUGUGCUGUGUCCGUGCCCAGUGUCCGUGUCCGUGUCCGUGUCCAAUGUCCGGGCUGCCCCCGGAGCCUUUUGAGGUUCAAAAUCCGCUUUGUGAAAGGUGGGUGACAGAGGGACAGAGGGGACAGCAGGGGACAACCCCAGUCCAAUCCCAAAUCCAUGGUGGGGACCACCCAGGAGAUUUCACCCACUGGAAAAAAAAUCCGGGAUGAUUUUUGGGAUCUUUUCCUGACCCCCCCCCCCCCCCCCCCCAGGCCAGGUUUGUCCAUUAGGAAGGAUCCAGGAUGAUUUUUGGGAUCUUUUCCCGCUUUUCCACCACCUCCAGCACAUCCCCAACCCCGUCCCCGUCCCCACACCCCCCCAGAAUCCCCAAAGCCUCUGGUGCCAUGUCCGACCCCAAAAAGGAACCUGGAAAAGCCUCGGAGCCUUCCCGGGGCCUUUUGUGGGGCCAGAGCGGUGGAGCAGCGCAAGGAGGAGGAGCGGGAAUGGGAAUUCGGGAAUUCGGGAGCUGGAAUUCCUCUGGAGAUCAAACACUGAGGACGUCCAAACAAACCCGCAUCCGAUUUC